UCUCCCCCAUUCUGGCGGCAACUUUCAAUCCUCCCAUCUCACCGCGUGCCACCGAUUGCCGUCGCGUCCGAGUGUGGUGGUCAGCGUCCUAUCGAAAGCCCCUUGAGGAACCCAGGGCCCUUGGUCAAUCUGAUGGCCAACACUACCCAGUCAGCACUGCCCCUGGAGGCCGAUGCCUGGGCAAACGACGAAGCGGGUGAUGAUGACGCCGACUCGACCCUGGCGGUGUCAAUCACGAGUUCAUCCGACUCACUCGCGUCCAGCAUCGUGAGGCAUCGUGAGGAAAACGGCAGGACAUAUCAUGCAUUCAAGGAAGGCAAAUAUGUGCUGCCCAACGAUGAGAUCGAAAACGAGCGUCUCGACCUUCAGCACACACUCUUCCUCAUGACCCUCGACGGCAAGCUCUUCACCUGCCCUGCAGGCACCGACCGGCCUGUGAGGCGGGUGCUCGAUGCCGGCACAGGAACCGGCAUUUGGGCUGUAGACUAUGCUGAUGAUCAUCCGGAAGCCGACGUCAUCGGCGUCGACCUGAGUCCCAUCCAGCCCAGUUUCGUCCCCACAAACAUCUCGUUCUUCGUAGAUGACCUCGAGGACUCGUGGACCUUCUCCCAGAAGUUCGACUUCGUGUACGGCCGCAUGCUCACCGGGUCCUUACGCAACUGGCCCAAGUUCAUCCAGCAAAGCUACGACAACCUCAACUCUGGCGGCUGGAUCGAACUUGCAGACAUCCUCCUCGAGCUGGAGUCAGACGAUAACACGGUGCCUGCUAACUCGCCCGCAAAACAGUGGGGAAAGUACAUGCUGGAAGCCGCCGCCAGCUUCGGUGCGCCGCUGGACAGCUGUAAGCGGUACAAGCAGCAGCUCGCGGACGCCGGGUUCGUCGAUAUUGCUGAGACGGUGUACAAGUGGCCGACUUGCGGAUGGCCCAAAGAUCCGAAGUUCAAGGAAAUAGAUGCGCGCACAGGCCUGUGGACGUACGAGAACCUUGGCCAGGGCGUAUCAGGCCUAAGCCUUGCACUCUUCACGCGCGCCUUGGGCUGGACGCCGGAGGAGGUCGAAGUGUUUUUGGUGGAUGUGAGGAAAGACAUGAAAAACAGGGCGGUUCACGGAUGGUGGCCAAUCUACGUAGUCUAUGGCCGCAAGCCGUGA